AGACGAACGUGGAAACGCACCUACCCCCUUUCCACGCCACCCCAUCUCAUGAGUCAUAAAUAGUCACCCCACCCCACUCUCACAUUUCACACUCCCUUUUUAAAACCGUUGUCUUCUCACUUCGUCAAAACCAACCAAACCCCUCCCCAAUUCUCAAGCCAACCAUGUCUUCCUUCAAGAGCAAGUACCAAGAUGAACUCAUUGCCAAUGCUGCUUACAUUGGCACCCCAGGGAAGGGUAUCCUUGCUGCUGAUGAGUCAACUGGUACAAUUGGCAAGCGAUUGGCCAGCAUUAAUGUCGAGAAUGUUGAAGCAAAUAGGCGUGCUCUUCGUGAACUCCUAUUCACCACAUCUGGUGCUUUUGAGUGCCUCAGUGGUGUGAUCUUGUUUGAGGAAACCCUAUACCAAAAGACAGCUUCAGGAAAACCCUUCGUAGAGUUGAUGAAGGAAGGAGGAGUUCUCCCUGGUAUCAAGGUUGACAAGGGCACAGUAGAGCUUGCAGGAACUAAUGGGGAGACUACUACUCAAGGUUUGGAUGGCCUUGGCGCCCGAUGCCAGAAGUACUAUGAAGCCGGUGCCCGUUUUGCCAAAUGGCGUGCUGUGCUCAAGAUCGGCCCAAACGAACCAUCCGAGCUGGCUAUCCAUGAAAAUGCCUACGGUCUUGCCCGAUAUGCCGUCAUAUGCCAGGAGAAUGGUCUGGUACCUAUUGUAGAGCCAGAGAUCCUGGUGGAUGGACCUCAUGACAUCAACAAGUGUGCUGAGGUGACCGAGCGCGUUCUUGCAGCAUGCUACAAGGCUCUAAAUGAUCACCAUGUUCUGCUUGAGGGCACUCUGUUGAAGCCCAACAUGGUCACCCCUGGUUCAGAGUCUAAGAAGGUCACCCCAGAGGUGAUUGCUCAAUACACUGUUACAGCUUUGCAGCGAACUGUUCCCGCUGCUGUUCCGGCCAUUGUCUUCUUGUCUGGUGGGCAGAGCGAGGAGGAGGCAACCCUCAACCUCAACGCCAUGAACAAGUACCAGGGAAAGAAGCCGUGGUCCCUUUCUUUCUCUUUUGGAAGGGCACUUCAGCAAAGCACUCUCAAGGCAUGGGGUGGGAAAGAUGAAAACAUUAAGAAGGCUCAGGAUGCUUUAUUUGCCAGGUGCAAUGCAAACUCACAUGCAACUUUGGGAACUUACAAAGGUGAUGCUACCCUUGCUGAGGGUGCCUCCGAGUCUCUCCAUGUCAAGGACUACAAAUACUAACUAAAGGUGUUGACUUCUUUUAAUUUGGAGAAUUUUUGCACUAUUGGCUACACCAUUCUCAUGUUCUUUCCUUCAUAGAAGUUAGACUCGGCCGAUUUGCUUUCUGCUCUCGGUUAUAGGAUGUCUACGGAUUAAAGAAUAAUCGCAUCAAGCUAAAUUGGCUUGCUACUGUACUGUUGCUUUACAUUUUAAUUUCUCUUGUUUUUUUCUGAAUGACUUUUACUGUAUUAUUAUGGAGAAGUUCCAUUCUAUGUUUCAAUGCUAUUUGGAUGUGAAAGAGCAUUUUGAUAUCAA